AUGCCAGGGAAAGCUGAAACUGAUGAAUGUGGAGUAAAGCAUAGUGAUCAUCUCAAUGCUUCAAUCAUGAAUGGUCUCACUAAUUCUCGCGGGGACGUUGCCAAGGAGCACCCAAACAACAAACACGCCCCGUCCUCAACUCCAUUUCCCAAUGCUCAUUCAACUAUUUUAACAUCGCCUUAUUCAAGUCCACAAUUCUCUCCGUUCUUGGCUACUUAUGGACAACCAGCUAUGAUGAAUCCUGAGAUAUACCAAAUGCAUCAUGCUAGAGUGCUUUUGCCACUUGUAAUGGAAGAGGAACCUGUUUAUGUUAACGCAAAGCAGUAUCAUGGUAUUUUGAGGCGAAGACAGUCGCGCGCUAAGGCGGAGCUUGAAAAGAAAGUUAUCAAAGUUAGAAAGCCGUACCUUCACGAAUCCCGUCACCUACACGCUUUGAGAAGAGCGAGGGGAAACGGUGGUCGCUUUCUCAAUACAAAGAAGCUCGAACAAAACGAUUCUAAUGCCGCCAUACAAAAAGGAAACAAUACUGGUGCAACAUUGGUUACCAACAAAGAGAAUCAAGGCUCGUCGAUGCAUAAAAUGCCGGGCUUCCACAUCGGUUACCACCACGAUGGAAAUGGCUUUACCGCAGCAUGUCAUUCACAGGAGGCAAUAGCUGAAGAUGAAGGGUUUUGCUUCAUCCAACUUAUGAUGCUGUGA